CGUGCCCCGGGGCAGACCUCCUGGGCGGGCAGCCGCUGCCCGCCCCACUGAGCACUUCCACUGCUGAGGGAAGGCCACCGACAGGGAGAGAUGCCGCAGCCAGCCCACUUCCUGCUGCUGCUGCUGCUGCUGCUCCCCGGAGCCGCCAGGCCAGGCCUCUCCCAGAAGCUCUACAAAGCCAAGUCCUUCAUCAGCCGUAUCAACACAGCCCUGUGGGAGGCCAAGCGGAGCCCGCCGGAGGGCGCACCGCUGCUGAGCAAGACCAGCCUCCUCUACCUGCCCAGCCAAGACCCGUCCUCCGGAGAGGAUGAGGAGCAGGUGCGGGAGGGAGAGGACAAGAAGAAGAGGACCUUCCCCAGCUCCGGGGGCGGCGGGGCGGCUGGAAGCGGCCAGAACAAAUACCCGUCCCAAGCGCAGCUCAGGGGAAGGCCGUCCCAGGACAAGGCCAAGAGCGAUCGGCGCACCAAGUUCACUCUGUCCCUCGACGUCCCCACUAACAUCAUGAACAUCCUCUUCAACAUCGCCAAGGCCAAGAACCUGCAGGCCAAGGCAGCUGCCAAUGCGCACCUGAUGGCACAGAUCGGCCGGAAGAAGUAGAAGCGGAGGCCGGCAGGAGGGGAGGCACGGUCAAGGGCAAGGACGGAGGUCGGCCCGGCUGCUCUGUAUUUGGAGGGAUGGGUCCAGGUCUACAGGCUGCUUCACUGCUCCAUCCCGCCCUCCUCCUCUGCACACAGGCUCAGGAGAGCAGGACCGCCCCCCUGCACAGACAGGAGGCCCAUCAUCCUUCUCCCUACAUCUUACCUCUCCUUCCUCCAUCCCCGUGACAGGAGACAGAGGUCCUGCUGUCCUGCUCCCCACACUCCUCCUCCUCACCCUGCACACCACCCCGGCCAAAAGAGGAGGCGCACCGCUCACCAUCCUGACUUCGGACCCCUUCCCUUCCCACUCGCU